CAUAGUUAAUAAAGGUCAAUGUGUCCUUCCACACGUGUGUUCGGUGAGCUAGCCGGCUUUCUUUAACUGCGUCCUUAUUACGUCGGUACCUGCGUUAAAGUUUUUAACGUUACAGCCAUGCUGAAGUCUGUUGUUCGUGCGGUGGGAGCCGCUGUUCGCGUUUCUUCAGCCACCACGUCCACAGCGCGAGCUCUGCCGCUCGUGUGCCCGACACUGGGCUCUCCAAACUCGGCGACCACUCGGCCCUUCACCCGGUCUCUCUGGAUGCUGAGCAGCAAAGGUGCCUCGUCGGGGUACCGGCCCAAACUGUUCAGUUCCAAAGCGUUGAAUCCCUCGGUAUCGUGUGGAUGUGGAGGACUGCACACAGAAGGCGACAAAGCAUUUGGCGCCUUCCUGUCUGAUGAAAUCAAAGAGGAGAUGAAGAUCCAGAAAAACAAAACCCUCCCUAAGAUGUCUGGAGGAUGGGAGCUGCAGAUGAAUGGCACAGAGGCCAAACUCACGAGGAAUGUCGCUGGAGAAAAAAUCACUGUUACAUUCAACGUGAAUAACAGUAUUCCUCCUAACUUUGAGGAGGAGGUAGAUCAGGGACAGCAGAAGUCGUCAGAAGAAGAGCCAGACAUUGUGUCAACACCCAACUUUGUUGUCGAAGUAACGAAACAAGGAGCCAAACAUUCCCUUGUGUUUGACUGCCAUUACCCUGAGGACCAGGUGAGUCACGGUGAAGGAGAGGAGGAGAGCGAUAUCUUUGCCAUUCGUGAGGUCAGCUUCCAGCCUGAGGGAGACUCUGAUUGGAAGGAGACCAGCUACACACUCAGCACAGACUCUCUGGACUGGGCCCUGUACGACCACUUGAUGGACUUCCUGGCUGACCGGGGGGUCGACAACACCUUUGCUGAUGAGCUGAUGGAGCUCAGCACUGCAGCCGAGCACCAAGAGUACAUUAAGUUCCUGGAAGACCUGCAAGGCUUUGUAAAAUGUAACUAAUGUGAAAUCGAUACUAACAUUCUCUUGUCCUCAAUACACAUCCUUGCAAAGUUGCAGAUCUGCUAAUCCAGUAAUAUUGCAAAAAGAGCGAUCACCUGCUUUACUGUCUGUGGCAUGUUGCUAGAAGUUGUCACAAUGGGCUGCAAAUGUAUUCUUUACUAAAAUGUGACUUUAUUUUUCUGUAAGUUAAAUGCAUUUUAAAUUAAAUAUACAAGGUCAUAAAUUGUGCA